AUGUCGGUCAAGUUCCAAGAAGAGACCCUCCGCACCGUCACGGGCGGCAAGCCCGAGGACCUCGCGCAUGCCGUCGGUGAGCGAUUGACCGGUGGAAAGACCCAGACCGGCUAUCUCCAGGCCUACCUCAAGCAGCUGCAGCACAACCCGCUGCGCACCAAGAUGCUCACCUCCGGUGUGCUCUCCGGUCUGCAGGAGCUGUUGGCCUCGUGGCUCGCCCACGAUGUCGGCAAGCACGGCCACUACUUCAGCUCGCGCAUCCCUAAGAUGUCGCUGUACGGCAUGUUCAUUGCCGCGCCCCUGGGCCACGUCCUUAUCGGAAUCCUCCAGAAGAUCUUCGCUGGUCGCACCAGCUUGAAGGCCAAGAUCCUCCAGAUCCUCGUCAGCAACUUGAUUGUCUCCCCCAUCCAGAACAGCGUCUACCUGACCUCGAUGGCUAUCAUCGCUGGCGCGCGCACCUUCCACCAGGUUCGCGCUACCGUCAAGGCGGGCUUCCUGCCCGUCAUGAAGGUCAGCUGGAUCACCUCCCCGCUGGCUCUGGCCUUUGCCCAGAAGUUCCUGCCCGAGCACACCUGGGUGCCCUUCUUCAACAUCAUCGGUUUCUUCAUCGGAACCUAUGUCAACACCCACACCAAGAAGAAGCGUCUCGAAGCUCUGCGCAAGCGCUACGACCAGCGCCGCGGCCCUGGUGGCGAGUACGAGAAGCGCGACUAUCCUUAA